UGUACUGACACCCAGGCAGUGCACAUCUCAAUACUAUUCUCCUCCAGCCAACUGAACUGUACAUCACAAACAACUUGAGUCGUGUUAUUUGUUGUGGUGAUAUGUAAACUCUGUUAAAUUAAAACGAUCUCUGGUGUUUAACUCGAGGAGAUUCAAGUCUCCUCAAGAUGGGGACGUCGUUAGCCUGGAGGCCUUCCUCCGGCAUCUUGGCGUCUUUGCCUCUGGUGUUGGUCCUGGCAGCCGCCUCCCAUGGAGGCAAGUCUAAGGCAUUCCUUCGCAGUAACUACAGCCCACAAGACCAGCCGCAGCGGACCAACUUGCCGCCCUCAUCCUUCAACAGAUUCAGACGAAACUUCAAUGACGAGCCCUUGUCAUUCGGAAACUUCCCAGGGUUUCCGGCAGCUUCUUCGACAUCCUUCAGAUCAGGACCAUCCUUCAGAUCCAGAAAAGGGGGUUCCAGGAGCUUCGGAAGCUCCAGAGGUCCUACCGGGUUUCCUGGCCUUGGUGGAGGACCAGAUUCUUUCUUGGAAGCAGCCACUACUGAGAGGAGCGAGACUGAGGAGGAGGAGGUUCAAGGCAUCGAGUUCAGCGGGAGUGCUGGCUUCGGCAACUCCAGAGCAGGAGCUGGAGGGAGUCGUAAGGGUGGAGCAAGUAGGAUUAUCUCUAAAGGAGGAGGAAGCGCAAAGUCUCCCUCAUCGCCGUCCACUUCGUUUGGGUUCCCGGAGGUUUCAUCCAGUUUGGGCAACCCAUUCGGGUUUUCCGAGGGUUCGUCCAGUUUGGGAAGCCGAGACCCAUCUUCGUCGUUUCCAUUCGGUGGCUCCCCAGGCUCCGCCUUCAGCGCAUCAUCGGGUAUUGAUUUCGGUGGAUUGAGUAGUGAAGCUUUCAACGGGGCAGGGGAUUCGAUUUUCGGCAGAUCACCAAAUCUAGAGCGUAGUGGCCCUGGAGCGCCAACUUUCGGCCUGUCUUCAGGUGCUGACUUCAAUCCUGGUAAUGUUUUUGGGUCACCAGGUUCACCCUUAAGUGCGCCAUCUGGCAGUGCUUUCGGAACUUCUAAUGCCUUCUUCCCUGGUUCGCCAGGAGCUCCCCAGGUGGGUAGACCUGCAGCUGGCAGCACCGCCAACACCUUCCCCAACUAUAUGGCGUCCUUCACAGGCUCCGGCAAUAAUCCCUUUGGUUCGUCACCCAUCAAGUUUCCGUCUUCUAGGGGUCAGUUCCCACCAUCUUCAAGCAGUAUCUUCCCACAGCCUGAGGGAGGUUCUGUACUCUUCCCACCUGGCAACAACUUUGGAUUGCCUGAGUCCCCUGCAAGCUUUCCUUUUCCAAUAGAUGAAAAUAUAGCCAAACUGUUUCUAGGAGAAAUAGACCUCACCACCCCAAAGCCUCCCAUCCGCGUGACUUCACCUGAAGACUGGAACAAAGUGUUCAGUGGCGGCUUGGACGCCGAAGAUGACCCCGAGCUCUCUAAGCUGGCGCCUCUGUUAGCUGGCUCCUUCAGACAACCGGAGACCAGGAGAGGUUGCAACUCUAAACCGGGAGCACCAAAGAACGGUCGAACCGACUGCUCCACCUACUCUGGGUGCCGAGCUGUGUGUAACUCUCGCUACCAGUUCCCCACUGGUGAGCGACGCCUCUUCUUGGUGUGUGAAGACGGUGCCUGGAAGGUCACAGGAGGCAACCGAGACACUCUCCCAGACUGUGAACCUAUCUGCAGCACACCCUGCGCCAACAACGGCAUCUGCCUGGCACCAGACACAUGCCAGUGCCCAGAAAACUGGGAUGGUCCCACCUGCGAGGUGCCAAAGGUGGUGCCACCCAGGGAAUGCUCCAAAAAGCCCCCGACUCCAACAAAUUCAAGAAUAUUAUGCAGCAAGAAUGAGUGUUCUGCUCGGUGUCACGAGGGAUAUCACUUCGCCAAGGGCACCUCCCGUCUCACUUUUGAGUGUGACGAUGGUACCUGGGUGGUCCGCCAGUCCAGGUGGGCCGGAGCUGUUCCUGACUGUCAGCCCGUGUGUGACCCCAGCUGUAUGAAUGAAGGUCGGUGUAUCGCACCCAACGUGUGUGAAUGUACUCCUGAUUAUCGUGGGGAUAUCUGCCAGUAUCCAAUUUCCAACUGUGACCCCAAGAACAUUGGAUUUAAUGGAGGCUACAACUGCUCUGGCGAGGGUAUGAAAUUCGGGUGUGCUCUUUAUUGCCCCGAGGAUAUAGAGUUUGAGUUCACCGCUGCAGAAAUAUACAACUGUGACUAUGCCACUGGCACCUGGUCCCCCUCACCCAUACCCAUGUGUGAUUAUGGGUUUGAGAUGGUGCCGAUGCCAUUAGAAGAAACUACCGGAACCUACCCACCCCACUUCAGCGAGCUUGACCAUACCCGCACUACCACACAGAAGAUCAAGAAGCUGCCAGGCUCCUGCCUAACCUGGUCAGGCACCCACUACAAGUCUUUCGACGGGAAAGUCUACAGCUUUGAGAGUUCGUGUCCCUACACACUGCUUCAGGACUCUACCCAUGGCACCUUCACCGUCAACCUACGUACUGCUGACGGCUGUGAAGGUACUUCUUGUCCCAAGGUUAUCCAGCUCUUCCUUGAAGACGACCAGUAUGUUCUUCAAGCAACAGAGUCAGGUCAGCCGAGUCUGGCCUACCGGGACACAAACCUGGCCAUCCCAGGUCAGAUGAACGGUGUCGUGUCUGAACGCGUGGCUCACUUUGUUGUUCUCAAGGUGUCUGGCCUUGGUCUCACUAUCAAGUGGGACAUGAAGAGCCUAGUGGUGACGGAAAUCAGUGAGCUGCUUUGGAACAGAACAUCUGGGUUGUGUGGUCGACGUGAUGGCUCUGACACCAACGACUGGAGCUAUGCUGAUGGCACCGAAGAAACAAACAUGAACUCAUUCCUUCAGGCCUGGCAGGCUAAAACACUAGGCGAUCGGUGUUUGGACAGACCCAAAACUAAGCACCCUUGUGGCCGCAAGUCUGUAGCUUCAGAGGCUGAAAGGUUCUGUUCCCGUUUGCAGGAUGACACAAGAUUUUCACAGUGUCGUCAGGUGGUGGACGUGGAGCCGUACAUUAAUGCUUGCCGUUGGGAUUACUGUGCCUGUGAGUCCCAGGAGAGAGAGACUUGUGCCUGUGAGACCAUGGCAGCAUUCAACAGGGAGUGUGUCAGCCUUGGUGAAGACAUCGUAGACGGCUGGCGAUCACAGGAUCUCUGCCCAAUGGAGUGUAAGUUGGGGACGGUAUACAACCCAUGCAUGUCAGCUAUACAGCCUCGCUGCGGCCAGGUAGCAGACAGCGUGAAUCCAGAUUUCUGCGUCGAGGGAUGUGACUGUCCUGAUAGUCUAGUGUUACACAAAGGUGUCUGCAUCUCAGCCCAGGACUGUCCCUGCACCUACCACAGCAAGGACUACAACGCUGGAGACACCAUACCUAACGACUGCAAUUCUUGCACAUGUCUGGGUGGAGAGUGGGUGUGUACCGAGGCAAAGUGUGGCUCUCGCUGUUCUGCCGUGGGUGACCCUCAUUAUACCACCUUCGACGGCCGCCACUUUGACUUCAUGGGCAAGUGUUCCUACUACCUGGUACAGGGGCAGGAUUUCAGCAUUGAGGCCGAGAACACACCGUGUGCUGGUGCCAUCUCUGAGAGUAUGAACUUCCCAGCAUCUGUGGUGAGUCAGUUCCCGUCUUGCACUAAAUCAGUGACGGUGCGUCUGGAUGGUACUGUCAUACGACUGAAGCAAGACAGAGAGGUCACAAUAAAUGGUGUAGAACUUAAAGAACUACCUACCUGGAUAAAUGGUGCUUACAUUAAAGCUGCUUCCAGUCUCUUCAUUAUGGUUGAGAUGAGCAAUGGACUGGAUGUGUGGUGGGAUGGACAGACUCGUGUGUACAUAGAUGCACCAGCAGAGUUCCGUGGGAAGACAGCGGGUCUGUGUGGAACCUUCACUGACAACCAACGUGACGACUUCCUCACACCUGAAGGAGAUAUCGAACAGAAUGUCAUUGCUUUUGCUAACAAGUGGAAGACUUCUGAGAAAUGCCCAGAUGCACCAAUUGCAGAUGAAAGUAAACCAUGUGACAGACAUGUGCAGAACAAGGCUGUAGCAGAGAAGUUUUGUACCAAAGUCAAAUCAAAUCUCUUUGCUUCAUGUCACCUGGAAGUGGACCCUGACCCCUUCUACCGCGACUGCUUGUACGAUAUGUGCUCUUGUGAAACCAAGUUGGAUGGCUGUUUGUGUCCAGUGCUGGCUGCCUACAGCAAAGAAUGUGCCAGGAAGGGAGUCCUCAUUGACUGGCGGGCUGAGGUUCGAGAGUGUGGUGUUCAUUGUACUGGUGGGCAGAAGUAUCAAGUAUGUGGGAACCGCUGUUCCCACACUUGCCUAGACUUGGCCACCAAUCCUGAUUGCACGAGGAAAUGCGUAGAGGGCUGUAACUGCUUGGAAGGCUUCUCCUUAGAUGGAGAUGGUAUCUGCAUCCCCAUCACUGACUGUCCAUGUGUAUAUGAAGCUAAGGAAUACAAACCUGGUUAUGAAAUGAUGCAGGAGCAGACAGAUGGUUCCUUCAUGGUCUGUGAGUGUUUCAAUGCUGGCUGGAAUUGCUGGGAACCACGAGAAAAUGAGACCGUAACAAGACCCCCACAGGUUCUGUGUCAUCAAGACAGGAAUGAGGUUUACACUGACUGUCUUCCAGAAGAAGAGAAUACCUGCCAGACAAUGCACCUGCGUCCUGUGGUUAGUGAUCUGUGCCGGCCUGGAUGCAUCUGUGCCCCUGGGUAUGUUCGUGAUGCUGACACCGGCACAUGUAUCCACCACAACCAGUGUCCUUGCCAUCAUGGUGGUCGCUCCUAUGAAGAGAAUGCUACUAUCACCGAGGAUUGCAAUUCCUGUAACUGCGAGGGUGGUCAGUGGCUAUGUACAGAUAAACAGUGUCCAGGGAUAUGUACUGCUUGGGGUGACUCUCACUACAAGACCUUUGAUGGCCGACUCUAUGAGUUCUUUGGCACCUGUGAUUAUCUCCUGGCUAAGGGCAAAAACUCUAAGGCUGAUAACUUUGAAGUCAUAGUGCAGAAUGUGCCAUGUGGAACUGAUGGAGUGACCUGUGCCAAGUCCAUCACACUGAGGGUUGGUACUGGGGAUACACAGGAGUCUGUGGAAUUCUCACGCAACAAACCUGCACCCACCAAAAAUAUGACUCGAACCAUCAUCCGUGAGGCAGGGAUAUUUGUUUUUGCUGAGGUUACUGACAUGGGCCUUGUACUUCAGUGGGAUCAUGGAACCCGUGCCUACCUUAGACUGGAUCCAGUUUGGCAAGGAAAGGUCAGGGGUUUGUGUGGAAACUACAAUGGUGAUGAGCAAGAUGACUUCCAGACACCGUCCGGAGGUUCCAGCGAAGUUUCUGUCAAGAUCUUUGGUGAUUCUUGGAGGUUGCAAAAUUAUUGUCCUGAAAGUAUUUUGAUAAAGGACACAUGCAGCCUACAUCCUCACAGAAAAGUGUGGGCAGCUGAGAAAUGUGCUGUGUUGAAGACUGAGACUUUUGCAGUAUGUCACUCUGAAGUGCCUGUUGAACCCUAUGAGGAAAGAUGCCAGUUUGAUGCUUGUGGGUGUGACACAGGUGGAGACUGUAAGUGUCUGUGUACAGCUAUAGCCACAUAUGCUCAUGAAUGUAAUAUUCAUGGAGUUUACAUAAAGUGGCGUACACCCAGUUUCUGCCCCAUGCAGUGUGAGAAAGAUUGUGAACAUUAUGAGCCGUGUAUUCCCACCUGUCCUCAAGAAAACUGUGACACAUUACUUGAUCCCAACUCUCCAAUGUGUACACAGGAUGCCUGUGUUGAAGGUUGUGCCAAAGAUAUUUGCCCUUCAGGCCAAGUCUAUAAAAGUUCCACUGACCUAGAAUGUGUACCUAAAGCUGACUGUGAAAAGAAGUGCAUGGAAAUUGAAGGAAAAGUAUACUUGGAAGGUGAUGUUAUAUCUCAAGAUGAUUGCCACACUUGUUCCUGUUCACGUAAAAAGAAAAUCUGUCGUGGAACUCCUUGUCCAGAGCCGACCUCUACUACCAGUACUCAUACCACUCCCCGAGUUACCAUACCAAUUAGCCUCUUGACUUCUACACCUUCCACUACUAUUACUACUGAAGCUGAAGAUGGAGAGUGUAGGGAUGGAUGGACUGAAUGGUUCAGUGAGGACAAGCCUAUCAUCUUCAGACAGAACUCAGACACUGAGAGAGUGCCUCAGAAAUUAAAACAAAGCAAAACAGGCAAAGGUUUCUGUGCACGUAGCCAAAUGGUAGAUAUUCUGUGUAGGAGUGUAGGGACCCACCGUCCCCACACAGAGCAAGAAGAUGUAACAUGCUCACUGGAAGAGGGGUUGCUGUGCCAGGGUCGGAAUGAUGCUACGGGAGCUGAUACUUGCUGGGACUACGAAGUGGCUUUCUUGUGUGACUGCAGUCGUUCAACUGUUGAAACUUCAUCUGCUACCACCCCAGUAACACCAGUCACACCUCCAGUAGUGGUGAUACCUUCCAUUCCACCAGAGGUUCAGCCCAAACCAAUGACUUGUGAUGAAGAAGGAUGGAGUGAGUGGUACAACGUACACGUCCCUGAUCGAGAUGGUGAAUUUGAGUCUUUGUCAGAGAUUCGUAAGACUUACUCACUGUGCCCUGACCACUACAUUGCUGAGGUAGAGUGUCAACCAGUAAAAGGAGGGGGCGUGGAAUCUAUCGUCACUUGUGAUAAGAAAGGGGCUAGUUGUAGGAACAACGCUGGACAAAUGUACUGCCAAGACUAUGAGAUUCGGGUCUUAUGUCAGUGUGAGUGCCAAGAUGGUCUUGGCAUGGAGGACUUCAGCAUCACUAAUGACCAGAUUACUUCCUCAUCUCUCAUGACUCCUGAUGACAAGCCUUAUGCAGCUCGCCUCAACUCUGACUGGGCCUGGACCUCACACCCUGUUGAUGAAUUCAGUGAAAGGAAUGCAAAAGAUGAGUGGCUACAGGUGGAUCUGAAAGAAGUGAAGGAAGUGACAGGCGUGGUGACUCAAGGACAUCCAUACUUCGAACAGUUUGUGGAAACAUUUGCUGUCCAAGUUUCAGAAACUGGAGCAGUUUGGGAAGAUAUUAAAGAGAAAGAGGCCUCAUUUGCUAAGCAAUUCCCUGGCAACACUGACCAGUCCACCCCUGUGACAAACUUAUUCCCCGAGCCUGUGUUUGCUCGCUACGUCAGGAUUGUUCCCAUAGAUUUCCACUCUGCCAUAUCCCUUAGGGUGGAGCUUAAGGGCUGUGACUCCAAAGAGACUACAACACCUGCUCCUGGUGUGACUCUUCCCACGGUACAAACACCUGAAACCUUCCCUGAAUCUGUAUGUAUUAAUGGCUGGACCUCAUGGAUGAACACACAUACACCCAGACCUGGAGACUGGGAUGACAUGGAUGAUCUCCGCUCCUUGGCAGAAAAGUACACAUUCUGUGAGCCCCACCAAAUUAUGGAUACUCAGUGUCAGGUAGUUGGUCUUGGGUUGACACCUGAGGCAUCAGGUCAGGUGGGCAUCAUCUGCAACACCAACACAGGCCUUCAGUGUAAUGAUGAUCUACAAGCACCUCAACAUUGCUAUGACUUUGAGAUCAGGUUCUACUGUGACUGUUCACUGAGUACAACACUGCCAGCAGUAGUAUCAACUGAGCCCACAAGUAUUACUACCCUACCUUCUGAAUAUUGCACUCAGUAUGAUCCACAGUAUAAAAUGCAUGAUGACGAUUGCCGCAAGUUUUAUCAGUGCUCCGUCACAUCAAUGACUGGGAUGACGUAUGUGGUUAAGGAAUGUAACCCGGGUACCUUCUUUAACCCAGAAACAAACACAUGUGAUUUUGAGUACAAUGUCAUACUUGUAAAGCCAGAAUGCAUUGAGGGAGUAACGUCCAAAGAAAAGUUACAUGUAACAACCACUACAGUUAAGGAACCAUGUGCUGGCAACUACUGGACAGAAUGGUUCAAUGUUUCACACCCUAACACUGACUCUGGAGACUUUGAAACAUUUGAUAAGAUCCGUGAGAAGGGCUUCAGUGUUUGUGAGGACAUGCAUAUUAUGGACAUAGAGUGUAAAUACAACCAGGUGGAGAGAACAAGUUCAGAUAAAAAAGGUGGCUCUAAGAGCAGACGCAAGGGUAGUCGAAAAGGAGGUCGUAAAGGUCAUACAUUGGACAAGCUUGUACAAGUUUUUGCUGAUUACACCGCCAGUGAUGAUAUGAAUGUUCAGUGUAACACACACUCUGGGUUGAUAUGUGAUAAUUACCAGCAACCUGGAAGUGGUAAUAAAUGUGAGGACUAUGCCAUUAGAAUCCUCUGUUCUUGUGAUGCAACCAAAACCACUCCAGCCAUCCAGCCCUCCACUACACCUUACAUCGAUGUGCGGGAAUCGACCAUUCUCACUACACCUCAUGUCAUAGAUACCAGAUGUGAGCCUGGCCAGAGAUAUGAACCUCGAGCUAUACGUUGUGACCGAAUCUGUCUAUACUAUCAACACUUCCUGCGGCAGAAUGGAGAAUGUUUGCAUGAUGGUCAGUUUGCUCCAGGGUGUGUAGAUAUUACCACUGGUGUGGCCUGUCCUGGUAACCAUUACUUAAGGGACAAGACAACAUGUGUUGCCAUACACGACUGUAACUGCCGCCUCCCUAAUGGCAUGGCAGCACCGCCUGGGCAACCCUUCCUUGUAGCAGAUUGUGAGAUGUGUCAGUGUGUUAACAAUCUCUUGAGGUGUGACUCCACAACUUGUAUCUCAACAACUCUUCCUUCAAUAGAAAUAACUGGCAAGCCUGUGUUUGAAUGUAAUAAAUGGAGUUCUUGGUUGAGUGAAUCAGUUCCCAGUCUGGGAACUGAGAUGGAGCUUCUGUCUGACCUGCGCAGUAAAUACCCAGAGUUGUGCUCAAGACCACGAUAUAUUGAAUGUCGAGUGAAAGAUACCCUUGAAUCACCAGAAGCUGCAGGACAGAUAGUGACUUGCCACAAAAGGAAGGGUCUUGAAUGCUUGAACUCAGAAAAUACUGAAAGCUGCAAGGAUUAUGAAGUACGUUUCUUCUGUGAAUGUGGUGAUUUAUCUAAAUCAGACGAGGAAAUACUAACAGAACCUACAACACCAUCCUCAACUACUUACCAUGAUGUAUCUACUACCAAUGUAACCACAGAGAUCCCAAUGUUAAAUGAUCAGUGUCCCUUGUCAAUGACAUAUGAACAGUGUGCAAUGCCCUGUGAAAGGAUAUGUAUGUACCAUCAGUCAGUCCUUCGACAGCAUGGUGAAUGUUUGCUUGAUGAUAACUGUGCACCUGGAUGUGUUGAGAGAACCAAGACAAACACCUGUCCACCGGGCUUCUUCAUGAUUAACGAAGCAAGAUGUGUUGCCAUAGCAGACUGUAACUGCAGACUUCCUAAUGGACAGGCUUUACCAGCUGGUAUAUGGUAUGAUGUAUCUACAUGUGAGCGCUGCAUGUGUCUUAACAACAAUUUGUUGUGCAGUCAUUCCGAUGAGUGCGUUGACCUGCCUACUGAACCCACUCUUGUCACCAGUAUGCUCCCUACCAUAAAACACACACCAAGUUUUUCAACCACUUUUAAUCCCUAUGAUCAUAUUGAAAGCUCUGUAAGAUGUAAUGACUGGUCACCCUACUAUAAAAAAGAAGAGAAGGAGAGUGAGGGGUUAAUUUUGAGUUUGGAUAUGCUUCGCACUCGCAGAGAAUUUGUCUGUGAAAAUCCAGUUAAUGCAACCUGCAGAGAAGUUAUUACCAAGCUUCCUGCUGCUGCUCUUGGACAAAUAUUAACCUGUGAUGCAGUGGAGGGUCUCAAGUGCUUGAAUUUAGAUAAUGACAAGGACUGUUAUAACUACGAAAUCUCAUUCUUCUGUGAAUGUGAUGAAACAACCCCUGUGUCAACAACUGUUGUCACUCUGGGAUCAACUACUACUCUGGUACCAUGUGAUGCCUGGUCACCAUGGAUCAAUGACAUUAAACCCUGGCAGGCAGAUGGUGAUACUGAAUUCAAGACUUUACAACAGCUGCGAGACAAUUACCAGUUUUGUCUGGAGGGUCAACUGGCAGACAUUGAGUGUGUGGAGACAGCCACCGGUGUGAAAACUGCUGCAGAUAAGGGCACUAGCUGUGAUGUUAGAUAUGGCUUCCGAUGUACUAACGCUGACCAGGAGCGUGGUAGCUGUCUUGACUACAAGAUUAGAUACUAUUGUUCAUGUGAAACAACUACUGCGAUAACCACAUUGAUCCCUGUCUUCUUCACACCACCUCCAGUAUGUGAUCCAGAUCAGUAUGUAAACUUACUUGAAAAUGUGGAGGACAGUGCUUUCUCAUCUACACCAGCUCGUAACUCUAUAUAUGGACCUGCUAGUGCACGACUGUAUCACAAUGAUGGUAGUUUUACAACAAGGAGCUGGGCAUCAUUGGUCAGUGACCAGGAGCAGUUUAUCCAAGUUGACCUUGGUUCUGUGGUUCCUGUGUAUGGUGUAGAAGUGGCAGGCAAUCCACUCACCAGAGAGAGAGUAACGGCCUUCACUGUACAAAUCUCUCGAGACAACAAUGUAUGGAGUGUGUUGCCAGCUGAUCCUAAAAACUCAACAGGGUCCCCCAAGGUCUUCCAAGGUCCACUGACUCCAUCAACACCUGUGAAGCAGUUGUUUAAUGAGCCUGUAGAAACCAGAUAUCUAAAAUUGAAACCCACUGACUGGUAUCGAGCCAUCGCUCUGAGGCUUGAAGUUAUUGGCUGUGAUCACCCAACAGUCACCCCAAAAGUCACUGAAGUUGAAGAGCCUGAGUGUGAAGAGCAGAUGGGUCUGGAGGACGGAGAGUUGUCAGAUCUUCAGAUUGUCGUUUCCUCAGUUCUAAAUGAUCAAGAUUACUUCUAUGGAAAGCAGAAUGUUCGCUUAAAUACCAAGUCUACUCCAUCCAUAUCUGCUGGGGCCUGGGUGGCCGAGCCCAAACCUGAUCAGUUUAUUAGGGUCAGGAGAUUACUUCCCAGUAAAAUUUCAGGAGUGAUAACACAAGGGCGAGAUGGUGCUGAUAAAUGGGUUGAAUCUUUCACUGUCCGCUACUCCCCAGAUGGUGAGACUUGGAAUACUAUAAAGGACUUAGAUGGCAAUGAUAAGGUUUUUCCCGGCAACUAUGAUGGAAGUACUCCAGUGAAGACAGAGUUUGACAGACUCAUAAAAGCACGUUUUCUGGAGAUCAGACCUAAGACAGGGAACAACAAUAUUGCCAUGAGAGCUGAAGUUCUUGGUUGUUUCCACCCAUACCCUGAAGUGAGCACCACACCAACUCCUGCUGUGUUAACCACACAACCACCACCACCUUACUGCUCUGCAUGCCCAGCUCUCCCAGAGGAGUAUUAUGACAUCUGCUAUCCAUGUUCUCAUGGAGAAUAUUUUGAUGGACAAUCCUGUGUACCAAAAGUUUUAUGCCCGUGUUUUAAAGAUGGUAUCAGGUAUGAUUUUGGUUCAAUAUUUGAGACCACUGAUUGUGAAGAAUGUGAAUGUGUAAUGGGAGGAGAAGCAGAGUGCAUCAAGAAGGAAUGUCCACCAUGUGCAGAUGAUGAACAAGCUGUGGUAACUCCUCUCUGUGCAUGUGUAUGUAAACCAUGUCCUCUGGGAAGCAAACUCUGCCCAUCUAGCAAUUAUUGCUUAAAUGAGUCAUCUUGGUGCAAUGGUGUUGAAGAGUGUCCAGAUGAUGAGAUUAAUUGUCCAACUACAACUCCAGAAAUUCCUGAUGUGUGUCCAACACCAUACUGCCCUGAUCACUGGAUAAGAAAGGUGCGACUGACCAAGGGUUUGUGUCCUGCCAUUGUUUGUGAACCACCAGAGAUCACCACACAACUACCGUGUCCUAUCCCACACUGUCCACCUCGCUAUAACAUUGUACUUGUUCCAAAUGAGUUUGAUGAAGUGUGUCCUACGUACGAGUGCAUUCCUCCUGGCACAACAGAGGAGCCUCCUACAUGUGCUCCUCCAAAUUGUCCAGAGGGCUAUGUUGUCCAGGAACCAGAGUACAGCUAUGAAUUUUCUCAACAAACCAGUGAUGAUGUAUGUACUCAGUACCAGUGUGUCACAGCAGCACCACCCACAGCCCCCUGCCCAUCUCCUAGCUGUCCACAGGGAUAUGAGAUUUUCUUUGCCGAAGCAGAGGCACUCUUGGAAUUAUGCCCUCAGUUUGAUUGUGUUCCAGUCAUGACGACUACAAUGUGUCCUCCAGUGGAAUGUCCAUCUGAUCUCCGCAUCAUGUACAUCCAGAGCUCAGAGAUGUCAGCAUGCCCACAGUAUACAUGUGUUCAAGUUACUACACCUUUCCCUGUCACUACACCUCAACCUGAACUUUCCACAUGUGCUAAAUUGGAACUGCCAAUCUGUGGAAUAGAUGAAGAAUUCUACCAGACCAAUCCUGAUGAAGCUUGUCCCAAAUUUGCUUGCAAACCCAUUGGACAACCACCACCAGAGCCUACUCCAGGCCUACCAAGAGUCAUCAGCCCAGAAUGUAAGAUGGAAGGGCGUACCUUCAGCUCUUUUGAUGAUUCUGUUUAUGAAAUGGAGCCAUGUAAUCACAUCCUGGCUGAGGACAAAAUCAAUAAAGACUGGUCUAUCUCAGUGCACAAGAACUGUUCUGAGAGCAAUAAGUGUGACCGUUACCUCAAUAUUACACAAGAAGACAAGCAGAUGAUUCUUCGACCAGAUCUUCUUAUUGUGUGGGAUGAAAACACAUAUACUGUUACUCAGGCUCAGCAUAUUGGCAAGUCUACUAACACCUUCAGUGUCUCUCGAGUUGGAGAUUCCAUCUACUUUGAGUCUAAAACACACAGCUUCAGUGUUGAGUGGAAUGUUGAGAUGAAUGUCAAUAUUAUUCUUGGCGAUCACCUACUGAAUAAGGUGGAUGGGUUGUGUGGCUUUUACACAGGAGACUCAAGUGAUGACAAAACUAAACCUGAUGGCAAACUAGCAACCACCAUCAAAGAAUAUGGUCAGUCAUGGUCUUUAGAUGAUAAAGAAUGUGAAGAGAAACCCAAGUGUACAUCAGAGACUACUGUCAAGGCACUUGAUCUGUGUAACACUGUCCAAUUAAGACCAUUCACUGAAUGCCACAGCACUGUUGACCCAACACCAUUUAUGAAGGGAUGUGUAGAUUCCAUGUGUGAAUGUUUGAACAGCGACACCGAAGAAGAGCAGUGCCGGUGCCAGGCACUUACUCGUUACAUCGCCAGUUGCCUAGAGAAGAACCCUGAAGCUCCUGUCUCUAAUUGGCGUUUCAUUGCUAAAUGCUAUAAACAAUGUGGACCAGGUGAGAUUUAUCAAGAUUGUUACCGUGCCAAAUGUGAGAAGAGUUGUGAGAAUCAGCAUGAUGAAAUUCUUUGUCCAGAAGAGGAGGGUUCUUGCAUCCCUGGCUGCUUCUGUAGCCCUGGUUUGGUACGCAAGGGAGACCGCUGUGUUGCUCCUGAACAGUGUCGAGAUUGUAUUUGUGAAGGUUAUGGUGACCCACACUACAUGACCUUUGAUCGAUAUAAUUACACCUUCAAUGGAGAAUGUUCUUACAUUGCUGCACGAGACAUGAAUGCUCGAGGUCAACAUAAAUUCCAGGUGAUCACGCGUAACAAGCGAUGUACCCAGAUACCUGUCACUGUUUGUACUGAUGCCGUAACUGUCCUCUUCAACUUUCAUACGGUCUUUAUCUCUGCUGUCGGAGUAGAUACUGUCAAACUGAUUAUUGAUGAAGAUGAAGUGACCAGCUUCCCUCACCGAGAGCCGUGGUUAGCAGUUGAACAGCCAGAUCCUUCACAGAUUAUGGUAGCCAUUCCCGAGAUUCAUUUAGAAGUGACUUUCUUCCUUGAAAACUUUGGCUUCUCCAUCCGUUUACCUUCCAAUCUUUACUUCAACAAAACAGAAGGACUGUGUGGUAACUGUAACCACAAUACUGAAGACGACCUAGUAGACAGAAACUCUGGCUUGAUUGAGUCUAUUGACACAUUUGGACGUAGCUGGUUGCUGGAGACUGAGCCACUUUCUUGUGGCGUUUUGGAGAAAGAUGCCACAUUUUGCAUUCCACUACCUCCAGAUCAAGACCCAUGCCUUAAGAUCAUGAAUGAAGACUUAUUUGGAAAGUGCCAUCCAGUGGAGGAUCCAGCAGCAUAUGUGUCAUCAUGUCAGCUUGAUGCUUGUGGUAGCCGUGAGCCACAAGUUGCAGCAUGCCACAGUCUUGAAGCUUAUGCCAGGCGCUGUGCUGAUCUAGACAUUUGUCUAGACUGGCGUUCAGAAGAACUGUGUCCAAAGGCUUGCAAUGGAGGUCAGGAGUAUCAUGCUUGUGCAUCAGGCUGUGUACGUACAUGUGAAAACUAUGAGGAGCUUCAAAGUAACCCUGACGCUUGUCCCAUAUCCCCUGUUGACGGCUGCUUCUGUCCUGAUGGCAUGGCACUGGAUAAAGGAAGAUGCAUCAAUGCUAGCUACUGUAAGACAUGUGAUGAGGAAGGACAUAGAAUUAGUGAUGUAUGGCAGAUAGAUGCUUGUACUACAUGUGAAUGUACUAGCCAAGGCAGCAGCUGCAGUACCAAGACAUGCCCUGGUGACCCAAUCUGUGAUGAAGGAUAUAUUGUGGUGGAGAUCAAUGGAACCGGGGAUGACUGUUGUGGUCCAAGAAAGAAGUGCAAGGUAAAGCCUACUGAAGAUUGUCCUCCUCCAGUUGAGCCAAAAGAUGGGUGUGGGUAUGGUCAACGACAGAAGGUAAUAGAAGCCCCAGGCGUCUGUCCUCAGUAUGCCUGUGUAUGCUUGGAGCCAGAAGACUGUCCUCAGCUAGUCACUCCUGAUGAUAAUGAUCUUAAACCAGGAGAAGAAUGGACACUGGAUGACACUGGGUGUUGUGCUCGAUACACCAUGCAAUGUACUGGAGAGUGUCCAGAAGUCACAUGUCCAGAAUUCCAUGUCUUGACAGAAGAAUCAGUGAAGGAUGGCGAGUGUUGCCCUAAGACCACAUGUGAACCUCCUGCAGAUGCAUGCAUAUAUCAGCACAAAUAUUAUAUUGAUAUCGUUGGCAAUCAACAACCAGUGAGUGAUUCUGAUGUGCCUCAGAAGAAAUUAUACAAGGCUGAUGAAAGCUGGACAGAUGGCUUGUGCCUGACUUGUAAAUGUACACAAGAAAAUGAGGGUCAUUCACGACACCAUUGUACCCAGCACACGUGCCCAACUCUUGACAGUCAUCCAGAUCGUGGCGAGUAUGAGUUGGAGAGUGUAGAAACACCAGGUCAAUGCUGUCCGACAGUAAUCAGAACUGCUUGUAUUGAUGACUAUGAAGUUAUUAAUAUUGGAGAGACACUUAAUGAUCCUCUGAAUGGAUGUCGAAGUGUGGAAUGUGUGAAGUCUCCAGAAGGCAAAGUAGAUAAAAUUGAAAAGAUCUACUCAUGUGAUGAAGCAUGUGGUGCAGGCUGGGAGUAUGAACCUUCACCUCUCUUCCCAACACAAUGUUGUGGACAGUGUGUCCAGGUUGCCUGCGUUGUAGAGAGUGAAGUGAAAGCUGUGAAUGAAACCUGGAUAUCAGAUGACCUCUGCACCACCUAUACUUGCACAAAAGAUAAACAUGACCAAAUCCAAAUCCAGGCUGUAGAGGCUCAGUGUGCCAAACCAGGUGAAGAAGACCUGAAGAAAUAUGUGUUUGAGGAAAACAAAGUAGCUGACCAGUGUUGUUCUGUACACACCAAAACGGCUUGCCUAAUGAAUGAUAGUCCCAUCCCUGUUGGGGAUAGUGUUCAGGAUCCUUAUGACACCUGUACAACUAUCACAUGUGAAGCUAGUGCAGAUGGUAAUGCCACUCGCCGGGAGAAGGAGACAACUUGUGACACCAAAUGUGAUUUAGGCUCAACAUACGUUGCACCAUUACCUCUCAGUAAUGAGUGUUGUGGUAAAUGCCUAAAGACACACUGUGUUGAUGAUGGCAAAUCUUACUCCAUUGGUGAACGCUGGGAAAGUGAAGGAGAUGUCUGUUUUGAGUACAGCUGUGAGACCCGUAAUGAUGUUCUCACUACUAUUGCUGUCAAAAAGGAAUGUCCAUACUUUGACCCAGAGUGUCCUGAGGAGGAAAUUUAUAUGGAUGACUUGGGUUGUUGCAAAUUGUGCAACAUUACAAGACAAGAAAAAAGAGACUGCAAGCCGAAGCCCAUGCCUCCUCAUGAAACUAUUGGGAUUUUCCAAAUAUCCACAAGACAUGUUGGAACAUGUAAAAAUCACGCUCCUGUCCCAGAUUUUAGACAGUGUUCAGGACACUGUGAUUCCUUCACCAUGUUCGAGGGUCAAGGUCGACAAGCAACGCAUGUCUCGACAUGCUUCUGUUGUAAACCUUCAAAGAUGGAAAAGAUACGCGUGCCAUUGAGAUGUGACUCAGGGGUAAGCUUCAGCCCUGUCUAUAGCAACAUUAUAGAAUGUCAAUGCCAGAGGUGUAAUGAUGGCCCAAAAGAAUAUAUGGGUGAUAUGCCAAUCCUUGAAGAUAUCGAAACUGUUGACUCGACAGAUGAAUCUGAUAGACACUAGCUCUAAAAUUUAAUGACAAAAUAAAUUGAAAACAAUAUGAUUUAAUUUGUUGAUGACCCUUGCUAGACUUGGAUAUGCAUCAGCUCCUUUCACAUUAUUAAAGCUCUGGCUUCAUGUUCUCAUCACUUGAAAAUUAUACAUUAUAUUUUAAAUGCAUAAUCAUUAUUUGUAUUCACCUGCUUCAUAAAAAAACAUAUAUGUUAAGUGGAGCCAAGUUCAUAAUAAUGUUAAAGGUACUGUAUUUGGCUCUGUGGACCUUCGUUGACGACUGACCGAAAUGGAUUAUCUCUUACACUGUAAAUAGUCACACUUAAUAUUAUUAAUUGCAAACAAUAAAAAUACAAAAAAAUAUGAGCAAUGAAAAAAAGUACAAAAAUAUGUUGACACAAAUUAAGUGUUACUUUAUCAAUAAAAGGAAUAUCAAGAGA